AUGCCUUUUCCUGUUCAGAUUUGUUGUCAUCUCAAAUGGGUCUCUCUCAUAAUCUGGAUUUUGUUCUUGAAUCCUUCCCUCUCCGACCCGCGGACCUCCCUCGCCCACCUGAUAUGCGACGACACCCAUCUCACGACUGACGCCAACUUCGUCGCCAAUUUCGUGAGCGUGAUGGAGCAUCUCAACCUCUUGGUGAUUCAACGGCAAUGGGGGCUCUAUUCGAUUCAAUCUCCGCCGCUACCUAUCUUCGGAUACGCCCAAUGCCACAAGGACCUCUCUGAAGAAGACUGCCAGCUCUGUUUCACGGAGGCAAGAACGAAGCUCACUCGCUGCGUGCCAUCCGCCAGCGGCCGCGUCUACCUGGAGGGCUGCUUUAUCCGGUACGACGAAUACGACUUCUUCCAGGAGACUGUCAACACGAGGUACGAUUCCAGGUCGUGCAGCGCCUCCCUGAAACUGCUUAGCGACGGGGACAUGAAGGCGCAGUUUUCGGAGAAGGUAGCGGAGGCGGUGGCGAACGCGACGGAGAUGGCGACGUCGACGCGGCGGGGCGGGAUGGGGGAGGCCGAGGUGAUGACCAGCGUGCCGGCGGCUUAUGCCCUUGGGCAAUGCUGGAACACUUUGAAUUCCACGGGCUGCCAAGCUUGCUUGGACAAUGCGUGGAGCAAGGUGAAGAGGUGUCUGCCUGCCGGAGAAGGGAGAGCCUUCAAUGCUGGCUGUUAUUUGAGGUACUCUUAUCUCGACUUCUUCGGCAACGGAGAGGACAAUGAUCAAAGUGCAUUAGGAACGCGUAGAGCCUGCAUUAUUGGAGGGUCCGUACUAGGAUUUAGCUCAGUCCUGGCUCUCUUCGGGGCAAUUAUAGGCUACUACAUAUUCUCCAAGAGGAGAGAAGAGCGGAAGAAACAUGAUGAGGUUCCAGCUUUUGUAAACCAGUCUAACUUGCAUUUCAAGUACCAAGUGCUUGAGCAAGCAACUGAUCAUUUCAGUUCCUCAAAUAAACUCGGUCAAGGAGCCUCUGGCUCUGUAUUCAGAGGUACUCUUCCUGAUGGGAGCACAGUUGCUGUAAAAAGGUUGCUCUACAAUACAAAGCACUGGGUGGAUGACUUCUUCAAUGAGGUGAAUUCGAUCAGCGGAGUUCAACACAAGAACCUUGUAAGACUUUUUGGUUGCAGCAUCGAGGGUCCAGAAACCCUUCUUGUUUACGAAUUUGUACCCAACAAAAGCCUCGAUCGUAUCUUGUUUGAUAGGAAUUCACGUCAACCUCUCAGCUGGGAGCAGCGUUUCAAGAUUAUAUUGGGAAUAGCUGAAGGGCUUGCAUUUCUCCAUGGAGGCUCUCAAGUGAAAAUUAUCCACAGAGACAUCAAAAGCAGCAACAUUCUCCUUGAUGACAAUCUUACUCCGAAGAUAGCCGAUUUUGGGCUUGCUCGAUGUGCUGCUGGUGAUAGAUCCCAUCUUAGCACUGGAAUUGCAGGCACACUGGGGUAUAUGGCUCCUGAAUAUCUUCUUCGAGGACAACUAACAGACAAAGCAGAUGUUUACGCUUUCGGUGUGCUGGCACUUGAGAUUGCAUGCGGCAAAAAGAACAAUACUUUUACCGAUGAUUCAGGGUCAGUUUUACAAAAUGUCUGGGAGAAUUACAAGGGGGGUACCAUCGACCAAGUUGUUGAUUGUAGCUCAAGGCCCAAAGAUUUUGAAGGCAAAGAAGCUCCAGAUGUGCUUCAGAUUGGACUCGUAUGCACGCAAGCCUCAGCUGCAUUAAGACCGUCAAUGUCCGAAGUGGUUGAGAUGUUAACCUCGAAAGGAAGAGCCAUACCCUCACCCGAACAACCUCCGUUCCUCAAUGCGAGCGUGUUAGCCCCAACUGACACUGACAGCUCGUCUGCCAUGACUAGCAGUGCUACAUCAAAUAUGCACACGACAAUCAAUUUCUAGCAUUCAAGAACUGGAUGAUGAAUCUUCAAAUGGUUCUGACAUGCGCGCUAACAUAAGUAGAUUCUACUCAAAAUGAUGCGUACACAUACUGGAAAAUUCAGUGUAUGGAUUAAAGAAUGGUUCUUUAAGGUUUCUAUGGGAUCAGAGGCUCACAGGGGCGCUGGACAGACAAGAGGCACUCUUGCCGGAGUAGUGUAUAUCUAGUGUAUUUCUUUCUCUUGUUUCGGGGCGAUAUUUAACUCUUUUAUCCUUCUUUUUCCCCUUAUACUAGUCAGUUUAAUUACUAGAUAUCCAACUGACUUGACUGCCUGUGGCUGUGGCCUAGAAAUUUUAUUCAUUGCUUGCUGAAAAUGGCAUUAGCUCCAACGGAAAUUCAUGCGUUGCGUGGCAUCAAUUAGAUGAAAGGAACAAAAGAAGAUUUACCCAGCGCGCGCGUAUCUGUGUUUUCCUUGAUGGAUUGUUUAGCUAGCUAGUUGCCUAUUUUCCUGAGUUGUAUGCUAGUGAUGUUGCUUCUGGCAAUGAAUG